AUGAACAUAUUCGUGCUGGGAGCGCUGUGCGUGUUGAGCGUGAUUGCCAUGGUAUCCUCCACGGCAUUGUACGGGGGAUAUCCGGCCUAUGGUGGUACUGUUGGAUAUGGUAACUAUGGAUACGGAAGUGUAGGAGGCAGCAUGGGAGGCGGCGUAUGCAAAGCAUCUUUCCCCAAUAUUCCCAACGCUCGGAAGGUUAAUUUCCCGCCCACUGUCGGCACUGUGGUACCAUACAGUUGCGACAGCGGCUUUUCGCCUGACCCGACCAGCAGGAUGAUUGCUACUUGCGACGCAAACGGAAUUUGGCAACCGAGCGUGGCCUGUUUGAAACAAUGCCAAGCAGCUCUUCCCACUAUUCCCAACGCUCGGACAUCUGAAGUUACCGGCGCGCUCACUGUCGGCACUGUGGUACCAUACAGUUGCGACAGCGGCUAUUCGCCUGACCCGACCAGCAGGAUGAUUGCUACUUGCGACGCAAACGGAAUUUGGCAACCGAGCGUGGCCUGUUUGAAACUAUGCCAAGCAUCUCUUCCCACUAUUCUCAACGCUAAACCAUCGGCAGUACCCGGCCCGCUCACUGUCGGCACUGUGGUACCAUAUAGUUGCGAUAGCGGCUAUUCGCCUGACCCGACCAGCAGGAUGAUUGCUACUUGCGACGCAAACGGAAUUUGGCAACCAAGCGUGGCCUGUUUGAAACGUAAGAAUUAUUGCCUGUCCUUCUAA